AUGAAGGCACCUCACAAGUCGCCAUCGUCUCCGACGCCGACUGCGACGUCCACUGAGGGCAAGCCUUUUGGUUUCAGUUAUGACAAGCAGCUGUUCGAGAAUCUCGAGGACCUCGAGUGCGAAGAGACGGAGCGCACCGAGCUCAACAAGGUUCACCAGCAGCUCAUCGAGACCCAGAAGUACUUUGACGGCGAGGCAGAGAAGUGCACCGCCUUCAUCGAGGAAGCCACCGAGAUGCGGGAGUGCAAGGAGCAGCGUGAGCAGCGGAUUGCAGCCGAGGCCAAGCGCCUCUCCGACGCCAAGUUUGCCGCGCAGGCGCAUGCAGUUCAGGUGCCAUGCGACGGAGGCAACGCAGGAGCUGUUGGAGGGGAUCAGGAGCUGUGA